AUUCUUCUGAAAGUUGCAAAGAACACUUCCAGACACUGAACUCCUGCCAACUGCUGAAAAGUUAACCACCAAAGCAGCCAGACACAGUUUUACAGUUCCAUUUGCAGCUCGAAAGUAAAACAUAUACAGAAAAUAUAUUAAUACAAGAUAAUACUGAGAAAACUUGUAAGAUGAAGCUUUGGAUCGUUGUUUUGUUCAUCGCCUUCAGCGAACUUGUACAAAAGGGUGACUGUCAUCAGGCAGCUUUUAGGGGGCUCCAGCAGAAUGCAAAAAUGAAACAAAACGUGGCAGCAAAUAGAAACCGAGCUUUAGGUAAGAAGAUGAAUCUGCAGCUUGCAAAGACUGGAAAGGAGAGAGGUUAUCUGGAGAAGAGCCUGAAGAUCAUCUUCAUUAUGACACAGGUGAUGGCUAAAGGACAGUUUCGUAAACCAAGAGAAACACUGACUCUAACUGCAGGGAAGACAGUGGAACUUCGCUGUAAGGGUAGCAAUAUUGGAUGGUCUUAUCCAGCUCACCUCAAUGACUUCAAGGAUCCCAGAUUAAGCAUUAAACAUCAGGAGAAAUACAGUCAGCUAAUGCUCAGCAAUGCAACAGCUGCUGAUACUGGAGAAUACAGCUGUUGGGCAAUAGUGUGUGAUGGGCUGGAGUGCAGUAAGGAUGACCUGAGAAUGGGAAAAACAUACAUCUUCUUCACAGAUCCGACUGAAUUAUUCGUGCCAUCAGCCAGCUACUUUGAAAUUGUCUAUCUUCAAGCUGAUAAACCUUCCAUAAUCCCUUGUCGAUUGAGCACCCCUUCAGCCAAAGUCACUCUGCACCAGGACCUGCCUCCACAAGAAGUUCCUGUGGAUGGAACGUACAUUAGUUACGUUUCGAAGAAAGGUUUUAUAAUUCACCGGCCUCAACCUGAACAUAAAGGGGUUGUAUACUGCAAGGCAGCUUUACAUGGGGUUCCACAAAUAUCAAACAACUAUCUUCUUCUCUAUGUGGAAGUUCCUAGUGGCCCUCCAUCAACAACUAUUGUAACUUCAUCAAGCAAAGUGAGCUACGGAGACGAACUCAAUGUAACCUGUAAAGUGCUUGGAGAACCAGAUGUGCAGGUGAUGUUUACUUGGAAAUACCCAGGACAGCCAGAUGAAAGGCCAGUGAUUAUCACAGACAAAUGGAGACUAAUAAACCGGGAUGGGAGCCACACCACCAGAUUGUCACAGAGUGUUCUUUACAUUGAUGACAUUGAAACAAUUGAUAUAGGGGAUUACAUCUGCUCAGCUCAAAACCCAAUGGGACAGACUGCAGUGGCCACGCGAGUGGUCGCACGUGACUAACAAAGUCCACGUAUGAUUGAGCUUCCCAAGUGGAAAAAUCAAUCCAACAUGCAAAGGGAAUGGUUCUGUGCCAAUCCAUGAACUGUAUCCCAUUUCUUGAGUGAAUCCUUAUGUGGAAACUUGGUGCAGAACUUGAAAUAUUUCAGUAGAUCAUGUUUCUCCGACAACCAGGCAACACAGUUUAAACGUUUAUGUCUGUCUGCACAGUUGGUGUCCAGAAAUCAAUUACACAUUCCUUUAUGAAGCAAAACGUUCUAAUACCAGAGAUAUGUAAUGCAACUGAGUUCCUAAAGUACAUGACAGUGUGACUCCCAGUUUUAUAACGGGGGAGCCACAGAACAUAAUGCAAAUUAAUGAUAAUCUUCUAUUAUUUACUUAGCUGUUACCAGUAAUACUUAUCUGGAAGUUUGUUUGUUUGGAAACGGUGUUUGUUUGGAAACUGUAGAGUGUUUCUGAUGAGAGAGAAGCUCCUCCCUCCACAUAAUAAAAACAGAAUCAAUCCCUCCACCCUUCCACAAACCUGACCUAAUUCAUUGAGAUAUGUUUGGGGGGAAGGGACUAUCAUUUAACAUCAAAUACAAGAUCAGCCUUUUUUAAAAUCCUGGUUGUAACCUGAGUGACAAACAAACAAAGUAUCCAACAAUUCACAGCUUUUGGCAGUAUUGCUGUUUCAGUCUUUCACAAGCCACUUUGAUGUACGUCAGGCAGCAGUUGAAAUUAAUGCGCUCAUCAGACCCACCUUUAAGCAGUGCUUGUGGUUUCAAAAACAAGUUAUGUUCUAGGGAAACUUAGGAAAACUGGAGCAGAAAGAGGCCAUUCAGCCCAUCAAGCCUGUUCCAUCAUCCCUAUUGAUUCCGCCUCAACAACUAGUUGAAGUAGAACAUUUCAUGUCUUCACAACCUUCUGCACAUAAUUUCUGACACUGUAAAAAAGGUGAAAGAAUCAAAUCCCUUUGGUGUUACUUAAUUGUAUUAUAAACAGCUCACAGUGGGUUGACUCCUAGACAACUUAUUUUUCCAUAUUAAAAAGGGUACAUUAAUAAGGACUUAACUGGGUCUCGCCCAGCCGAAUAAUUAUUAGCUUUACGCAACAGAGAUCUUGUCAUUAAGUCCCAAUGAUCUGCUUUGUAACUGCUGUUAAUGUGCUUGUUCUGUCCUGUGUACUAACCAUUCAUUAAUUCAUUAAGAAAGGGUUUUGAAACACUUGUGCUUUGAUCCUUCACCAUAUUAUUGUGCAUUUAAAAUAGUUGUUUUCAUUUCUGGGGAAUAAACAUACCGCAUUUUUCACAUUAAAUAAUAUCAAUAAAUAUAAAAA